AUGAGCAAGGCACAUCCUCCAGAGCUCAAGAAAUUCAUGGACCGAAAGAUGUCCAUCAAGGUCAAUGGAGGUCGAAAAGUGGAGGGCGUUCUUCGCGGCUUCGAUCCCUUCAUGAAUCUGGUUAUCGACGACGCCAUCGAGUACAGAAAAGAUAACUCCUCCCACACCAUGGGCAUGUGUGUCAUCCGGGGCAACUCCGUCCUCAUGAUCGAAGCCAUGGAGCGAAUCUAA